UUCAUAUUCAUCACAUUGACGCUGAUUCUGACUCAUCUCUCUUCCUGUAAAACGGGCCACAUAUUCACGAUAACUAUUGCAGUUGCAGAGUCGAUUACAAUCAGAGAUAGCAGGAUUUUGAAAAAAAUGGCAACCAACAACCCAGCCCUGGAACCGGAUCAAGACCUUCCAGAAAACACGGCUCAUGAAUUCGCCCAGUUCGGAGCGGGGUGCUUCUGGGGAGUGGAACUAGCGUUUCAGCGAGUAGUGGGUGUAGUCAAGACUGAAGUCGGGUAUUCUCAAGGCCACGUCCCAGAUCCAAAUUACAAACUUGUGCGCUCUGGAACAACCAACCAUGUGGAGGUGGUUCGGGUCCAGUUUGACCCACAAAUUUGCCCAUAUACAAAUCUCCUCUCUGAGUUUUGGAGCCGCCACGACCCUACGACGCUCAACCGCCAGGGUGGUGAUGUGGGUGCGCAAUAUAGAUCAGGGAUAUACUACUACAAUGAGACACAGGCUUGUUUAGCCCGAGAGUCCAAGGAAGCUAAGCAGUUGGAGCUCAAGGAUAAGACGAUUGUCACUGAAAUUCUUCCUGCAAAGAGAUUUUACAGAGCAGAGGAAUAUCAUCAGCAGUAUCUGGAAAAGGGAGGAGGUAAAGGCCUGAAACAAUCAGCUGAAAAGGGUUGCAAUGAUCCCAUCAGAUGCUAUGGUUGACAAUGUAUGCUUUUCACCUUUAUAUCCACUUAUUGCGUAAUAAGGAGAUGUCUUGCUCGGUGUAUUCAUAGAUGACUUGCAUUAUAAUAUCAAUAAAAUUACCAAACUGUUGUUACUGA